UUCAGGAAGAGACGAAUCACGUUGGCGGUAAACUUCAAGAUGGCUCAGCCUCAGUACAAACUUGCUCGAUUUGCAAAGUACGGUCCACCGCCCCUGACCCAAGAGCAAAAACUGAAGAAGGAGAAAGGGUUUGUUCUCGAUGCUGUAGCGGUUAGCACUCUAUCAGACGACUCCGGCCGAGCUAAUCCGAAAAUGGCGACCGCUAUUCCACCGUACAAUGCUCAAAAGGACAGGCAUUCUAAAGGAUAUUUCGAAAAACCUGUCGUCAGAAAGCUUUUGAAAAAGACAGACCAGGUAAGAAUGAGCCUUGUUUUAUACUAUGAUUUCAUUUUGACGUAUCAGAAGUGGUUAUGAGGUAGAUAAACUUUUAGACUGUUUGUAAACAAAUGCACUCUGUGAAUAGCUAAUUAAGAUUUAAUGAACAGUACAGUUCGCACGCCUCGCAGCAACCCAAGAAGACUUCGCUAAUUAUCAUAGAACAAAUCAGUAAAACUUUCCAAUAAUGCCUCUUUAACUACAGCAGUCAAUAUUGGUGUCAGUCUACAAAACGGGGAGCUUCGAUGAGCCCUAAAACUUUUUCAACUGCGUGCAGGAAAAUUCAAUUUUGAGAUGCUGAUAUUUUUUCUUUCGCAUAGUUUACAUUAUUAUCAUUCUCGUUUUUCUGCCAGUUGAAACAAGGUUGACCUUAAAGCCCCAUUAAACCAUACUAACAACAAUUACAUCCGAAAACGAUUAAGUUUCUGGAGGUUAUUUCAUGUAAGGUUUCCUUUAAAUUUAUAUAAGUAAACAGAGUUUGCAGUGCUGUAAAAAAAAUUUUAAAUUGUGUGUCGGAGGGAAUCCGGAAUUACGCUCGUUUGCUUUACUUCGAUUUGUGGUUGAUCUAGAAAAUUCGCAACAUCCUCUCAACCAAACUGGGACAAAAAUAAUAUUGGUCGUAAAAUUCACCACAUUAUCCCAUGAUUUAUUAGGUUACUUAAUUGUGCUCUGUGUUCUUCCGCUUCUCUGAUUUCCAGUCCUUUUGUUUUAGGAGUGUCCUGGUGACUCAAUAGCAGGCAAGCAAAUGGACAAAUUCUAUGACAAAGGCAUGAUGGGUGACUACAUCAAACGCCGCAACAAUGCAGGGGCUGGUAAGUUCACUACAGCCACCUUACAACAAUGGCUGCAUCCUUAUAACAACUGCUUCUUUGUUUUUAUUAGCAUUUUUAUUUUUCCCAAAAUUGAAAAUGAUCUAAACUUCCAAAUUAAAGGAUCACCUUACAUUCCCAUCACCCCCUCAUGGCUACCUCUUUUAAGCAGCCUCUUCCCUCUGUCCCUAAAUAUAGCUAUUUUAGACUUAGUUUUGACUGUAUGCAUUUGAGAAAUUUUUGGGAUUGCUUGCUGUUAUAUUUUAUAACUUACAAAAACAUGUCAGUUGUGAAAUUCACAAAAUUGUUUUUGAUACAGACAGUAAUAUUAUAACUAUGUCUAGUGCAAAGGUAUGUGAAGGUAGUCAUGUUAUUUGAAUCAGGGAUUUUCAAAUUGGUUUCCUUUUGAUUUUCAAUCGUCUUUGACUGGUCAGCAUCAUGAUAACACUUCCAAAGAGCUACCCUCUGCAGGCUUUCAUUUGUCAGUCUUUAAAAGGGUCUUGAGACUUAGAUUUGGGAAUUUUGUUGGAUUUGGCAGCCCCACAAAAUUUUUGGAAUUUUAGAUUUCUCUUGGAGUCAGAUUUUUGUGAAUUACUUCUUUUCAAAACUGAAAUUUCCAGGGAAAAAAGAUGAGACAGUUUACCCAGCUGUACUUUUUAUAUUUAUUGUUUACAUUAUACUUUUUUGAGAAAAAGUUAUCAGUAUUGAGUGAUACAAUGAUUUUUGUAAUUAAUUAAAAUUAAUUUUCAUUUGCCCUCUACUAAAGGUCAUUCAACAAGUCAAGUGGGAGGUCAUGGUUUGUUCAUGGAAAAUAUUCUCCCUCUUAAUGGUUUCAAUGGUUGUUUUGGAUUUCGAAGAAACACUCCUUCGCUUCGAAACCACCCAUCAGUUUUCAUAGGUAAAAUAUUAUUUUCAUAUUAA